UCUAUGCUCACUUUGCUCUUGACGCAUCCCACCGAAUUCAGGACUCUCGUUCAGUUCUACAUCUUUCAUGAACAGAAACGCGACAUCACUGCUCAGCAAGAGCACCCGACGUCAGGAUGGGACAGACCGACUAUGCGGCGCUGUUGGGAGCUUUUGGAUUUGACAAGCAGAAGUUUUGCUGCUGUCAUCAAGGAAUUGGACGGCGACCUGGCCAGGAUAAUUUGCAUAUAUUAUCUAGUACUCCGCGGCUUGGAUACCAUUGAAGAUGAUAUGACCAUCUCUGAUGAGGUGAAGCAACCACUCCUUCGCUCGUUCCACGAAAAGGCAAUUACCCCUGGCUGGAAUUUCAAAGACAGUGGUCCAGACGAGAAGGAUAGACAACUGCUUAUUGAAUAUGACACCGUCGUCAUCGAAACCAACAUGCUCAAACCUGAGUAUAAGGCAGUCAUUAUGGACAUUUGCCAAAAAAUGGAAAAUGGCAUGGCCGAUUAUGCUCACAAAGCCGCUACGACGUCUACAGUCUACCUUGAGACUGUCGCAGAAUAUGAUCUCUAUUGCCACUACGUCGCAGGCCUUGUUGGAGAGGGUGUCACUCGUAUUUGGUCAGCGACCGGUAAAGAAGCACCGUGGCUAUGUGACCAGCUCGAGCUAGCAAACUCUAUGGGUUUACUCUUGCAGAAAACAAACAUUAUCCGUGAUUUCCGUGAAGACGUCGACGACCGGCGGUUCUUCUGGCCUCGUGAAUUAUGGGCCAAGUACGGAUUUGAAGAAAUGAAGGAUUUGUAUGAGAAGGGUGACGUGGAACAUGCGACAUGGAUACAAAGUGGCAUGGUCUUGGACGCGCUACGACAUGCCACGGACUCGCUGGAUUAUUUGAAAUUACUCAAGAACCAGAGCAUAUUUAUUUUCUGUGCAAUCCCUGUGACCAUGGCUAUGGCAACACUGUCCUUAUGCUUCAUGAAUCCUGAAAUGUUCCAGAGGAACAUCAAAAUACGCAAAGCAGAGGCCGCAAAGCUUAUCAUGCGUUCGACUAACCCCCGAGAGGUUGCUCUGGUAUUCCGAGAUUACGCUCGCAAAAUCCAUUCCAAAGCUAAGCCGCAGGAUCCUAAUUUCCUACGACUAUCUGUGACCUGUUGUAAAAUCGAACAAUGGUGUGAGCAGCACUACCCUUCAUUCGUUACGCUUGCCCCAGCCGGUCAGUCACCAUACGACCCGCUCGACAAACGCACUGCUAUCGUACAAGUUGAAGAAAAGCGAAUAAAGGAAAUU